AUGGGUGCCUACAAGUACUUAGAAGAACUUCAAAGAAAGAAACAAUCCGAUGUCAUGAGAUUCUUGUUGAGAGUCAGAUGUUGGGAAUACAGACAAUACAAGGUGAUCCACAGAGCAUCCAAGCCAUCCAGACCAGAGAAGGCCAGAAAGUUGGGCUACAAGGCUAAGCAAGGCUUUGUCAUCUACAGAGUCAGAGUCAGAAGAGGUAACAGAAAGAGACCUGUUCCAAAGGGUGCCACCUACGGUAAGCCAACCAACCAGGGUGUCAACCACCUCAAGUACCAAAAGUCCUUGCAGGUCACCGCCGAGGAAAGAGUCGGCAGAAGAGCAUCCAACUUGAGAGUCCUCAACUCGUACUGGGUCAACGAAGACUCCACCUACAAGUACUUCGAGGUCAUCCUCGUGGACCCAUCCCACAACGCCAUCAGAAACGACCCAACCUACAACUGGAUCGCCAACCCUGUCCACAAGCACAGAGAGGCUAGAGGCUUGACCUCCGCUGGUAAGAAGUCCAGAGGUAUCAACAAGGGUCACUUGUACAACAAGACCUCCAACGGUAGAAGACACAACUGGAAGAAGCACAACACUCUUUCCUUGUGGAGAUACAGAAAAUAA